UUCAGCUCUACUGUAUGUAGGAAAUGUCCAAGUAUAAAUCCAGUACCGCCGGCAGGCAUCACUAAAAGAGGAAGGCUGCUGAAAGGGGCCUUGUUUCUCUUCUGCGCACACCAUGUCAAAAAGGGUCAGAAUCUACUCUCCCGAGGACCUCAAAGGACAUGUCGCGGCCUCUAGCUGUUGGGUCUCCUACCGAGGAAAGGUGUACGACAUUACAGGAUUCUUAGCUGACCACCCUGGCGGCCAAGAUGUCCUUCUUCGUCGUGCAGGCCAACCAAUUGAGGACGUCAUGAAUGACAAGAACGAGCAUGAGCAUUCGGAGGCUGCAUACGACAUGCUAGAAGAGUUUCUCAUUGGAAGAGUGGGCAACGAGGAGCAUACCUGCUCUCAGGACUGGGUCGCCGACGAGGAUUUCCAUCCAGAAGACACCGACCUCAAAGCGGAUUUUGCGAAGAAUGGGUUCUUGGAUUUGAGCAAGCCUCUGCUGCCUCAGGUAUGGUAUGCUAACUUCAGCAAAAACUUUUACCUCCAGCAAAUCCAUCAACCCCGGCAUCUGUCGUAUUCGGCUCGGCUGUUCGGGCCAGCCUAUCUUGAGGUGUUCACAAAAUGCGUGUGGUAUGCGGUGCCACUCGUCUGGAUUCCAAUCACGAUGUACCUUGCCCUACGUUCAAUCUUGCAGUUCAGCAUGCCGCUGCCUUCGGUCUUUGUGAACCCCAUACUCCCUCUGCAAUUCCUUUCCCAAGUCCCCCAAGAGUCCUAUACGAAAUUUGCGAUCUGCUUCUUCAUUGGAAACGUCAUCUGGACGAUAUUGGAAUACGGCAUGCAUCGGUUCUUGUUCCAUCUCGAUGAGAAUCUUCCCGACAAAGGUCCAUUUCUUACUCUACACUUCCUCUUACACGGCGUGCACCAUUAUCUUCCUAUGGAUCGACUGAGGCUUGUCAUGCCGCCGGUCUUGUUUACAGCGCUUCAGUUUCCCUUCACCCAGCUGGCAUACAAACUCUUCCCCACUCCGGUGGCAAAUGGAAUUAUAGCGGGAGCGUUCGCUUUUUAUGUUAUCUAUGAUACUAUGCAUUAUGCGCUUCAUCAUACCGACCUUCCAGCAUACCUGAAAGAACAAAAACGAUACCACCUUGCCCAUCACUACAAAAACUACGAGCUUGCCUUUGGUGUAACUAGUACGUCUAUUUUCUGUAGACCGAGACACCUUUAUGACAGGUUGUUGUAGGCAAGUUCUGGGAUCAUGUCUUUGGCACCGUUUUGCCGCUUUAAACCAGUAUUUUCUUGGACGAUAGACCACGUAUAUACGAUCGGACUCACCCAUUUUUUUACAUCU